AUGGGCAUCAACAAUCCUCUCCCGGCCUCCAUGGCAUCCGAAUGUAAGAAAUGCGGAAAGAUCCUCUCGUCGUUCAUCAAUCCGCGGCAGGCCUUUGGCCCCGAAAAGGUGAUUCCGCCCUCGAUCCUGUCCAACGCAAAGGGCCUCGCCAUCAUCACCGUCUUCAAGGCCGGAUUCCUCGGAUCUGGUCGCUUCGGCAGUGGGCUCGUGGUCGCUCGACUCCCUGACGGAACCUGGAGCGCUCCCAGCGCUAUUGGAACCCUUGGCGGCGGAUUUGGCGGACAAAUCGGCUUCGAGCUGACGGACUUUGUCUUCAUCCUUAACGACACCUCGGCCGUCAAGACUUUUGCGCAGGCUGGCUCCAUCACACUGGGAGGCAACGUGUCAUUGGCUGCGGGCCCUGUCGGCCGCAAUGCCGAGGCCGCCGGCGCAGCUUCGCUCAAGAGCGUGUCGGGCAUUUUCAGCUACUCCAAGACCAAGGGUCUGUUCGCCGGUGUCUCGCUCGAGGGCUCGGCCAUCAUUGAGCGCCGUGAUGCCAACGAGAAGCUGUAUGGCACGCGCUACACAGCGCAGCAGCUGCUUACCGGGACUGUACCACCUCCGCCGCAGGCCGCGCCCCUCAUGAACAUUCUCAAUUCGAGAGUUUUUAGUGGCAUGAGGCUCGGCUCUUCCGACGACACCAUGUACAACGAUAUGCCCGUAUACGACGACAACCAUGACGAUGUCGUGUGGGAGGGCCGACAGGGACAGGCGUAUGGUGAAGGCCAGCAGAACCCCCGCUCGAGAUCAAACACCUGGCAGGACGAUGUUUAUGAUAGGCCGAAUUACAAUGCUCCAUCACGCUCAAACACGUUUGCGAGCAGGGGAUUCGACGACGAUUACAGGUUCCAAGACAGGCCUCCCGAGAAAAAGGUUGGACCUGGCCGUCCCACUGCGCCCAAGCCUGUUUUCGGAGCCAAGCAGGCUACAUUGAAGUCGAACGAGGCCGUGGCAUUGUUCAACUUUGACGCAGAUCAGCCCGGUGAUCUAGGCUUCAAGAAGGGAGACGUCAUUACGAUAUUAAAGAAGACAGAUAGCGAUAACGACUGGUGGACCGGCCAAAUCGGAACAAGGCACGGCAUUUUCCCCAGUAACUACGUUAAGAUGAAGGAGUGA